CUCCUCUCGCUCCUGCCGUCUGCGCAGCCGCGGCUGCCCGCUCUCCCCUUCCCCCGAAGCUUCGUGAAGCUUCCGGAAGGCUCCGGCCGGCUCUUUCCGCUGUGGGGCCGGCUCACCCCACCCCCCGGCGCUGCCCGCCUGCCGCGCCGCCGGUCCCCGCUGUCCCGGGCGGCUCGCCGGGCGCUCCGCCGCCAUGUCGUUGCUGUGCUACAACCGGGGCUGCGGACAGCGCUUCGACCCCGAAACCAACACAGAGGGUUCGUGCACAUACCAUCCAGGUGUGCCAGUCUUUCAUGAUGCUCUCAAAGGUUGGUCAUGUUGUAAGAGAAGAACAACAGACUUUUCUGACUUCUUAAGCAUUGUGGGCUGUACAAAGGGUCUUCAUAACAGUGAGAAGCCUCCUGAGCCUGUUAAACCAGAAGUCAAAACUACCUCUGAACGAAAGGAGCUAGCUGAACUGAAACCCAAAUUUCAAGAACACAUAAUUCAGGCACCAAAACCGUUGGAAACAAUUAAAAGGCCAAGCCCAGAUGAGCCAAUGACAAAUUUACAGCUGAAAGUGUCAGCUUCCUUGAAGCAAGCACUAGAUAAACUGAAGCUGUCAUCAGAAAACGAAGAGAAAAAAGAGGAAGACAGUGAUGAAAUCAAGAUUGGGACGCCAUGUAAAAAUGCAGGCUGUUCAAAAACGUACGAAGGACCACAGAGCACAGAAGAAGUAUGUAUAUACCAUUCUGGUGUACCUAUAUUCCAUGAAGGGAUGAAGUAUUGGAGCUGUUGUAAAAGAAAAACAUCUGACUUCAAUACAUUUUUAGCUCAAGAAGGCUGCACAACAGGAACACACGUAUGGACUAAAAAGGAUGAGGGUAAGAAAGUAGUUCCAUGCAGGCAUGAUUGGCACCAGACUGGAGGAGAAGUGACUAUUUCUGUAUAUGCUAAAAACUCUGUUCCUGAUCUGAGCUACGUAGAAGCAAAUAGCACAAUGUUAAAUAUCCAUAUCGUAUUUGAAGGAGAUAAGGAAUUUCAUCGCAGUGUGAAAUUAUGGGGAGUAAUCGAUGUAAAGAGGAGUUAUGUGAACAUGACGGCUACAAAGAUCGAGCUCACUAUGAGAAAAGCAGAGCCCCUAUUAUGGGCAAGUCUUGAAUUACCAGUAUCCAACACACAACAACAAAAAGAGAGUUCAGAUCAAUAAUGAUUCCAAGAGAGAAGUUAUUUCCCAUUAUGAAGUGGUGACUUGCUACUGUAAUCAAAUAUUUUAACUUUUAUAUAGAGUCAUUUUUUUAUGCUAGAGCAUAUGUUCCAUUAUACAAAGAAAUUUGAUGUACAGUAAAUGGGGGUGUAAACUUGAAGGGUAAUAGCUAUUUCUGCUCUUGCUCCCAUGAGUAUAUUUAUGCUAGUUAAAGUGUCUCCAUGGGGAUCUAGAGUAAAAAGAGCUACUGCCCUUUGCUUACAGCCUUACCUACCAUGUACUGACUAUCCAAAUAGAUGUGAUCUCAGUCCACUGUGUGUGCUGAUUUUUCAAGUAUUCAGUUUAGACUGGAUCUGCUGGGUGGCACAUGUUAGAUUCAGUACUGUUCAGUGUGAAGCAUCCAGUAAUACAGAUACAAAAAUCUGAGUUUAUGAAGUGAUUAGCACGCAGUUCUACAUCUAGAAUAAAAAGGCACAUAAAUAUCAAAAAACAACUGUAGACUUGCAAUUCCGUCUUCUGAAACUAAGGUCUGUUUCAAUACCAGUUCGCUGUGGAGGGCUGGAAUAAACAAUAUUUUGCUAAGGAUUUCAGUACUUGCUGACUCUUGCUGUCUUUCAUGUAUAAAAGCAGGAGGUCAGAUUAAAAUAAAAAAGUAAAUGGACAGUGAAAUGACUGAAUAACUUUGCAUCUCAUCUGUGGAGACUAUACAAACAGCAGACUAUUGCAAAAUUACCAAGGUGCUGUAUAUAUUUGACAGGGUAUAUUCUGUCCAAUUCUACAAUACUUGAAAUUGAGUCUUUUUUCAAAGUAGGUGGAUAUGUAUAGUAGGAGAAGCCAGUACAUGCUGUAGGUGUUCCAGGAAAUUUUUUUCCAUGUAGAUAUGCAUAGCUCUUUUUUCUGAGGAUGGUAAUCUAAAAAACUAAAUUUAUCUGCAGGAUAAAUCUUAGGAGAAACAAAAAACAAGCUUUAAAAUGUCUGUCUCAAAUCAUAAUUGUACCUUUGAGUUAAAAUACAUUAAAAAUAUUAUUUCUUUUGAGCAGCAUAAGCAAAACACUGUAAUAUGAAAUUAAGACCUUAUCUUUGUUUUCAGUUGUCCAUCAGUAACGAUUUGUGGCUGAAAACAGGAUAAAAAUGAGACUUUUAUCCAAGCAGCAACACAUGCAGUAAUCUUGAUUUCUCAUUUUGCUUCAAAUAGUUUCUUAAUUUUGGGUUGCAGCUGAAUGGAAAACAGUGUUUCGUAUAUGAAGUCAUGCAAAAUCAUAGAAUCAUAUCAUCAUAGAAUGGUUUGGGUUAGAAUGGACCUGAAAGCUCAUCUAGUUUCAACCCCUCUGCCACAUGCAGAGGCACCUCUGCACCGUGCGGGCUGGCCUUGAGCACUUCCAAGAAUGGGGCAGAUUAAUGCAAAUGGAAGCUUGUACACCGUUAUUUAUUGUGCCAAAACUUUUGUUUGUAAACGAGCUGUCCUGUGGACUUUGAAAUGUGCAGAUGCUCAUUUACCUACCUUGGUGGGCCUGGAAUAAUUAUAAGAGGAAUGCAGAACAUAGUAAAGUCUUUCUGAAGUUAAAUAUGAAUUUCUAAGAAACUUACUGUUCUCUAACAGGUAUAAUUUGACAUGAGCUCAGAGUUCUGUCUUUAGCAGUACUUGAAGUCCUACUUCAUGCUUAAAGUAGUAGGAAAUACAUUACCAAAGAAACCAUCUCCAAACACCAAGAGAAUCAGGCUAAUGCUGUAUAUAUGGAAUUUGUUUUGGUGCUUCUUUACCUUCAUUUCAAGAUCCUGUUUCCUCACAGGCUUGGACAGACUGUGGUUGCUUACUUCCUUGGGCCCCUAUUAAAAGUUCCAGCUCUAAGUUCUGCUUAAAAGAUUCUAUUAACUUCUAAUAAUGCCUUUUUUUCUUCUUUUUUUUUUUUCCCCUGUAUAUAAAUUUGACAAUGUCAAAUCAAUGCUGUGAAGUGAUGGGGUGCAAGCUCACAAAACUGUAUGCCUGCAGAAGGUCUUCUAAAAAUUGAACAGUUGUUCCCUGGUGUGUUCUGAACUACCAAGUAGAGCUUAUAUUGGUGUGAUACUGAGAAUAGUCAUUUCAGUGCAUGAAAUAUUCUAGAUAGCUGCAGCUACUAGCGUGCCAUCUGUGGUUUUGUAUGCAGAACUCUGAACUUGGACAGCAAAAUGAGCAGCGUUCAAAUGCCAGGAUAAAGAUCUUAUUUAACAAGCAAGUUCAAAUAUAUGUCUAUCCAUAUGGAUAUAUAAAUACCCUAUAUAAAUGUUUUCUACAUUUCUUAACAUAUUUUCAAUUUAUUUGCAUCCACACAUGCAGUAGGUUUACAUUAUGUAAAAUACAUUUUAAAGAGCUACAAGGAAAAUGGAAUUUUGGGGGAAAAUGGUAUUUCUGGCAAGUUGUAUUCUCCCUUGGUAUAGCAAACGCUAAACAGAGAGCAAUGUGGAUGAAUGGCCCCUUCUGCUGAGACUUUGGGAUCCCCUAACUGUUUGAUACUUUCAAACUGCAUUCUGCUGGUAGCUGAGUCAGCUUGGCCGUAAGUAGAAGAAAGCUCCUGUAAUCAUGGUCCUCGCUUUUGCUUUUUAUUCAGUUCUCCUACUCAUUUCCUGUUGUUCAUGCUCUCAGCUCAAGCUUAAAGAUGCUUCCAGAGCCCCAUAAUGACUUCUUGUAUCAGUACCACUACAUCCGCUUUUAAAUUUGACCUGUUUAAAAAAGUAAGCAAACAUACAAAAGAUCCCCAGCUUUGAUGAGGCAGGAAGGUACAGGUUUUACAAGAAACAGUCUAGUUUUCAAUGGCCUGUGAUGCUUUUCGGACUGAAAGGAUAAACUUUCAGAUGGUAUGGACUGCCACAAGUCUCUUGUUUAGCUGCAUUCAUUCUUAGCAGCUUAUAACUGUGUGUCUGCAACCAUCAUCAAGCUGCAAAAGCUGCAUCAUUUACCUAAGUUGAGUGACUUGAGCAGUUGCUCAGAAUAGCUUUCAACACACCAAUGUUCGAUCCCAGUAUUUCAUGAAAUGACAUCUCGACACGAAUAGGGGUUGCUGACACUUCAGUGGAAUAUUGCUUUGGCUGUAGCUUUUAAUAGUAAACAUGGAGAGAAGGUGAAAACUGUUGCACACCAAAAUAAUCAUAAGACUGUCUCAAAAGCAAGGCUUGAAAACUGAUUUUUGAUCAUACAGGCUUUCACCUGUCUAAUAAUAGUGAAAUGAAAUUGCAAACAAGUAUGUACUAGAAUGCUUGCUAUUAAAUGUACCCUUUUAUUCAUGUUUUCAGAAGUUGUGCUGUAUUUAAGAAGUUGGUUAAAUUGAUACGGUAUAGCUAUAUUUUUAUAAUGAAUGAGUCUUUAAAGGCUGUGAUGAGUUUCAUUGUGGGUUUAUGUGUUACACAUGUAGACAGCAUAUUGCGAGUCUCAGAACUGACUGUCCAGAUGCAGAUAAAACGUUUCCUCCACAAUCCCUUUAUAAUACGAAAAAUUGCAUGAGUAUGCAGACAGAAAUCUUAAUCUGCUCCUUCAUGUAUAAGACCAUUUUCCUACCUAGCAUUACAUCUGAUAUCUGUAUUUCUUGGAGGAGUUGGAAUUUAAUGUUAAUAUACUGUUAAGCACUUGCCUGUCCAGCUACUCUGACCCUUACAUUUUAAAUGGCACUGAUGUAACUUGACAAAAAAUAUCUUCCCUUGGAUGAUCUUCCAGAACAUGUACAUUAUCAAGUCACCAUUUCAGUAGUUUAGGGAUUAGUUUUACUAGGAAUUUUGCCUUGAACAAAAAAAAUUACUUAUUCUACGUAAUGAUGCAUUUUUUGCUUGCACUCUUUACACAUGGCAUGAGUAUUGGCUAAAUACUGUACCUGUUCAUCAUUGGUCUUGCCCAAUUGCUACUAAAUUUUUUUUAUCUCCGUUCAGGAACAAGAUCCUUUUUAAAGCAAUGAGUUAUGUGUCUGGAACACUGUUUUAAGGUGGUAAUGAUAUUGCCAUUACAAGAGUCUUGAAUUACAGUUGGAGGGGGGGAGAUGUCUUUUUGCAUGAUUGUUGAUUCUGCACAUUCUUAAAACUUAUAUGCAGAAAUUAAUCUCAUGUCUUCAUGCUCUAGUUUUUUUUUCUAAAUGUAUUCAAUAAAAUUCUUAUUACAUGCUGAUUGCA